AUGUCUUCUUACACGGUCAGAAGGCCUCGCUUGGCCCUCAGCUGUGUAGUAUGCCGCCGCCGAAAGGUCAAGUGUGGGAAGGAAAAACCCGAAUGUCACAAUUGUCAACGAAUGGGAGAGAAUUGUGCUUAUGACACAGGAAUUCGCGACACAGAAACAGGUCGAGUCUUACGGGCUACUGAAGCUGAAGACUAUCCGCCUUCGCAGAUAGCUCCAGAAGAUCAAAAUUUCAACGUUCAAGAGAAGCCCUCCGCUGAGAAUCAGAUUUCUCUAGCUCCCGAUUAUUUGAGUCUCCAACGAGGCGCUCGCGUCCGGCACAUUGGUAGGACUUUCUGGGGCUUCGUGAAUGGCCAAGAGAGACUGAUUGAUGCAUUGUUCUACAAUGAACAACCCACCCCGGCCGACUUGCCUCCGCCCCAUAUCUCAGCUGUAUCACUAGCAAAGGCUUUAUACUCAUUGCCCUCGAAACUAACAGCUGACGUGCUGGUUCAAUCAUUCUUUGUUAUACGGGGCAUUCUGGGAAUGGGCCCGAGCUGGAGAUCUACUCCCACCCCGGGACUGAUUCGAGAUCCUACCUUCACUUGUCUGCUUUUUGCAAUCUUCUAUGCAGGGGUUUCCGUGAUACCGUCCUCAACGGCGGAUGAUUCCUCUGUCCUAGGUGGUCUAGAUCCUAAAAAGGCCAUCACCCAAUUCAAGAAUGCUUGCUCCGACAGUCUGUCUGCAUGCCGAUAUCUGGAGCAUCCAACACUUAAUACUUUGGUUGGAUCCAUUUUACUCCAUACAUUCAAGCAAACAGAAUCAUCAACUCAAGAUGCGCUCUUCAUUGCAACUACCAUCCGUCUUGCCCAGUGCAUGGGGCUUCAUCGAGAAAAUAACCUGCCAGACCUUGAUUCAACGAAAGAACAGCGACGUCAGAUAUGGUGGCACUUAGUCUGGUUGGAUAUUCAAACGAGUCUUGCCAAUGGCUUGCCGACAUGUCUCGCAGACAACCCGCUCGACGUAGUGCAAAUGAUUUCUGCGCCAGACAGUUCUCCCACAGAUCUUCUCGCGGUUGGUCGGUAUGAAGCCGCACGGCUCCAGAACAAGUUGAUUUAUCAUUUCCAAAACGCCACUUCCCGUACUGGAGGUCAAAUAUCCGUGCAGAAAGUGACCGAGCUUGUGGAAGCGGGAAAAUCCCUUGGCCGUCUUCUCGAUUCUCUGAUUGCCAGAAUCCCUGCAUCUCAAAAUGUCGAGGACAUACUUCCUGUCAAUUUGAAAGAAGCAUCCCCGAAGACACACCACACCUUGUAUCAGGACAAGUGCAAAUCACCCUCGGUAAUUGGCGCAUUGGCACGAACAAGCUUGCUUCUCCUCAAGUUAGAGGUGACCAUCAUGAUGAGGAAGAUGCUGCUUGGUCCUCCAGAUUCAAUAUCCCAUGAUGUGUCUUGGAAUCAGAUCUUUCAGUUGUCACGGGCCUAUCUUCGAAAAUACCUGCAACUUUGUAGUGCACCUGCAUUUGAGCCUUAUUUUUGGUUUCUCGCAGAGUACUAUGGCCCCCAGCAGUGUACUCUCUUGAUCUUGGUCUACCUGAUUCAUCACCGAGGAGCUGAUGAUGAGCAAAUAACUCGGUACUAUGUGGAUGACUACCUAGACUUCAUGGCCAAAAGAUCUGAUAAGAAGCCACAAACUCAGAUGGCAGUGAACGUUAUUAUUGGCCUCUGCGGGCAGGUUGACACACAGAUGUUCUACCGUGAAGACAGUCCUACUGAAGAUGAGCACAGAAAAAGCCUCAGCGAGUUUCAAGCCACAGAUCUGUGGGAUUCGAUCAUGAAUGACAUGGGAUUCAACUUACCUGGUGCGGAUCUUGAUUUGUGA